AUGGGUGCUUUACCUGAGAACAAUAUGGAGCAGUUUAUGGAAUAUCUUAAAGAAUAUGCAGAUAAUUCCGAUGAGAAUGAUGAUGAGCGUGAUAAAUAUAAAGUUCAACUUAUCAAUGAGUACUGUGACAAUGAGCGUCUUCAAACUGUGCAAUUUGGAAAAGAAGAGGUCAAAAUGUUUGAUUCAAGAGAGGAUAUUAGUAAUAAAAAUAUACAGCCUUUCAAAACAAAUAGUAAUAGAGGGGCUUUAAAACCUAUAAUUAAAGCUGUAGAAAAGAUAUCUAUGGAUAAUAAUGUAAACGAAGAGCUAGAAGUCAAGGAAUGCCUAGCUGCAUGUUUUAGUCUGUGUUCUGUUGAUGAAGAAAAAUUUACUGAUCUUAGCAUUUCUAAGAAAUUGCGUCGUCUGUAUAUAUCCAUUGGAUCUGCUUUCAAGGUAAAGGAAUUAUUUUUCUAUUGGGUCAGAAUGAGAAUUGAAAAUGAGUUACAGAAACAAAUAUCUGAUCAAGAAUUACAAAUAAAAUUACUAAAACAAAAUUUAACUGAUAUAACAGAUAGUGAAAAGACACGGACCCUAGAGUUAUUAAAUUUCCAAAAUAAAUAUAACAAAACGAUAUUAGAGAAAACAGAAUUGGAGGAUAAAGUUAAAAUGCUUGAUGUGUCAGUUGAUACUUUAAAAAAAGAACUGUUGGGAACAGAAGAUACAAUAAGUGAUCUUGAAAAUUUUAAAGAACAGUGCAUAAUUAAGAAAUUAGAAGUGGCAGAAUUAGAUACAGAAGUAAAACGUUUAAAUAAUAAAAAUAUGGAAUGGAGAAAAAAAUCUAACGAAUAUAAAUUGGAUUUGAGCAGGAGAGAUGCUGAAGUAAAGGAAGCUCAAAUGAAACAGCAAGAACUGUUGAUUAAAUUUGAACACUUAAAAAAAUAUAUGAUAAUCUUGACAAUAAUAUUCAGAAUGAUAAGUUUAGAUAUUUUGAGUUAA